UCUUCUCUUGGAUUCAGCUGAGAGGGAACUCUUUCCUCACAGCACCAGACAGGCUUUCUGCUUUGCAGUCUCCCGUCAGUGUGCACCACUGAUAAAAAAGCCAUGUGAAGGUAUUUUUAAAGGAAAUUAUCAAUCCAUCUGAAGCACCGGUGAGUUAUGUGCCGUCUCCAGUGCCACAGUUAGGGGGCUUUCAGCAAAGCACCAUAUCAGCAUGCACUGCAAUUCAGAGACUCCAGCUGCUGGAAGCUCUUGCAAGCCAUAAACCACUGGACUCUGAUUUCCUCAAAUGCUGUAAAUUAGCUCGGAAGGAAUGGACAACUCCAACAAAAAACCUCACACAAGUCUUCUGAGAAGCCAGCAAGGGAACUAGAAAAAAAGAGCUUGACUUGCAAAAUCUCACCUGACCCAUGACUGCCUCUCUGCUAAUGCAACACUAAUUUAAGACACCUUUGUACAUCAGAUCCAAGGAUGUUUGUGCUGCUUUACAUCACAAGCUUCGCCAUCUACACGAGCGGACAACCUCUGCAAGGCCAGCUCAAAGGAGAAAACUACUACACCAGAUACGUCUGUAGCAUCCCUGGUUUGCCCGGCCCUGCGGGUCCCCCCGGAGCCAGCGGAUCCCCGGGGCCACACGGACGCAUUGGUCUUCCAGGAAGAGAUGGUAGAGAUGGCAGGAAGGGAGAAAAAGGUGAAAAAGGGAGUGCAGGUUUAAGAGGAAAGACUGGGCCAUUAGGACCAGCUGGAGAGAAAGGAGACCAAGGUCAGUCUGGUAAAAAAGGACCUGGAGGAUUGACUGGUGCCAAAGGUGAAGUAGGUCCAGCUGGACCACCUGGACCUAAGGGAGAUAAAGGAGACCGAGGAGAGCCAGGUGCACCAGGGGUCUGUAAGUGUGGAAAGAUAGUGCUGAAAUCUGCCUUUUCUGUUGGCAUCACCACCAGCUACCCAGAGGAAAGAUUACCAAUUGUAUUCAAUAAAGUCCUCUUCAAUGAGGGGGAGCAUUACAACCCUUCCACAGGGAAGUUUAUUUGUGCCAUCCCAGGGAUCUAUUAUUUUUCUUACGAUAUCACCUUAGCAAACAAGCAUCUUGCAAUUGGGCUGGUUCACAAUGGGAAGUACCGGAUAAAGACAUUCGAUGCGAACACGGGCAACCACGAUGUAGCUUCUGGAUCCACAGUGAUCUACCUUCAGCCAGAAGAUGAAGUAUGGCUUGAGAUCUUCUACACUGACCAAAAUGGUCUCUUUUCCGAUCCAACGUGGGCAGACAGUUUGUUUUCUGGAUUUCUCCUAUAUGUUGAUACAGAUUAUCUUGAUGCGUUAUCGGAUGAAGAUGAGCUCUGAAGCAGAUGAUGUCAAAGGACAUUCAAACUGGACACCCCAGCACAAGAUUUCAUCUAGACACGGGGGGGGGCACAAAGUUGAAAAAAAAAUCAUCUGGGAGUUUAUUUUUGCUUUGACAGGAACCAAAUCUGAGCUCACAAGGAUUUUUUUUAGAAUCUAAGCUGCAUUUUUUACCGAACAGCAGGGAUAUAAAAAGGAACUGUAAUUACCGAAAGACUGCAUCACUCCAGGACCCACUCCUCCUGAAAGCCAUGUUUAUAAUGCUAUUUAAACAAAUUUAAGAUACUGUACAUUGGAUUUUAUAUAAAAUAUAUUAAGUUGCAAUGUAGAAUGGGUAUUUUGUAUAUAACAUUAAAGAAAAAUUGAACAACUGAUGGCA